UUAUAGUUCAAAAAUAUGCAGUCACAGUCAUCAACAAUUUUUUUGUCUUCUAACACAGUCGAUUAUUCUUCACUUCAUGUUAAAAACACUUUCCAUCUGAUCUCAGCAAAACUCUUUCUAUUCCCCUCUCAGUUUGAACGCCAUGACCCUGUGGAUGGAAGAAUCACCGAGAGGCAGUUUGGUGGCAUGCUGCUGGCCUACAGUGGGGUGCAGUCCAAGAAGCUGACUGCCAUGCAGAAGCAGCUCAAGAAGCAUUUCAAAGACGGAAAGGGUCUGACAUUUCAGGAGGUGGAGAAUUUCUUUACUUUCCUAAAAAAUAUUAAUGAUGUGGAUACUGCACUGAGCUUUUACCAUAUGGCUGGAGCAUCUCUUGAUAAAGUGACCAUGCAGCAGGUGGCCAGGACAGUGGCUAAAGUAGAACUUUCAGACCAUGUAUGCGAUGUGGUGUUCGCGCUAUUUGACUGUGACGGAAAUGGGGAGCUGAGCAAUAAGGAAUUUGUUUCCAUCAUGAAGCAACGGCUGAUGAGAGGCCUGGAGAAGCCCAAAGAUAUGGGAUUCACCCGCCUCAUGCAGGCCAUGUGGAAGUGUGCACAGGAAACUGCCUGGGACUUUGCUUUUCCCAAAUAACCCCACACCACAAAGGUGACCACCUCCUCCAUCCCCAGCUCCCUGGCCUCUUGAGCGGAGCCUUGGCACAGACCUUCCUGCUGCUACUUGGGGAAGUAGCGCUCUUUCUCUUAGGAAUGAUUUCAGGAUUUUGCAAGUUUCCCUUCUUCAUCCAUCCCCUGACCAAGUGUUCUACCAGGCCCUGAUUCUGCCCACUGAUUGUCCCAUUAAGUUGUCAAAAACCUGGAACAUGUCCUAAAAGCUCAGACCUUUGGCACCUUCAGUACCGUUACCCAUUCAGAUACCUCAUGGGUAAAGAAUGCCAUGGACCAUCCCCAUGCAGUUAGCACCCACCUGCCAGCCCUGGGAAACAUCCAGUUCUCAAGUUACUUUUUGCUGAGAGUUUAUAUUAACAAAAACAUUCCUUGCUUUUCUUCCUGCUGCUGUUUUUUAAACUACAAGUUGGCAAAAACCUCUGGCAGGCAAAAGGAAGUCUGUGAUGAAUGAUAAUGAGGGUUUCUGGGGCAUCCAAUGCUGGCAGGAAGCCUGGGAAAGAGGGAGGACCUGUGUCAGUCCCUCUGAUGGUGGAGAGAACUGCUCUGAUGUGCACAGUGGGAAUGGAACAAGAUUCAAAAUUUAAAUCAGCUGCUUCAUGGCUCUCUCCGCUCCUUUCCUUGCUCUCAGGCUUCCUACGACUCCACCUUGACCCUGUGUCCAAGGAGCAGUGCUGAGUUCAGGCUCCCUGCAAAUGCUGCUACCCUCCAGGAGUCGGUCUCUGAAGCUGCAGCACAGCUCAAAGCCUAUCUGCUCUGUCUUAAACACUUGUCAAAUAUCACCUCAGUUAUAAUAGUUUACAAUAAACCCUGCCCAAAA